AAAAUGUGUAUUAAAAAAUAUAUAAAAAUAAAUAAAUUUAUUGCAAUAUAUAUGUGAGAUAAAGCUAUGCCAUCGUUCAUGAGCGAGCAAAAAGAGAAAUUCUUUUAUAAUAUGGAAAAAUCAUUUAAAAUGCGUUAAAAUUGUUAACUUUUUCUUUGUAUUUAAAACUAAAAUAAAAUUUUGUGCAUAAAAAACGCAUCAGCAAAUUCUAAUAGCACUUCCAAUGACCUCGUGUACGAUAAAUUGUGGAAUAGUUUCUAAUUCUAAUAAUUGAUUGCAGCAAAGACGAUCAGAAACAAACAACCACAAUAAAUCGCUCAAAAUGAGGAAUCGCAUUAGUCAUUGUUGGCUAGUCAAUCAGCAUGAGCACCACCGCAUUACCGACAACAACAACAACAGUAAUAACAGCAACAACAAGAACAAUAACAUUAAAAGUAGCAGUCGUAAUAUUAAUAGCAAUUGUAAAAGAACUCGACGACGACAACAAAGAGAACAGCAACAGCCACAACAAGAGCAACAGCAACAAAGGCUACAUGAAAUUCUGGGCUUUCUUAGCAUACGUCAUCAUUCUUGUUGCAAACCUUACAAAAGUAAAUCUCCAAAAGCAGAGCCAAUUAACGCUUUAGCCUAUAAAAUCCUAUCAAUAGUCAAAUCCUCCUACAACCAAAUAAUAGAAGUAUUAUUAGUGUUACUUUUAGUAAAUUGUCUAAUAAACAGCCUAACGCACCUGCCAUUAAAGGCUGCCGCUGCCACUGCUGCUGCCUCACAUCAAUCAGACCAAUUUCAGCAACUACGGCGAGAUAGUUUAGUCGAUUUGCUCAAUAAACGAAUAUUUAGUAGUUAUUUUCAAGAAGUGGUUAGUGCAACGCGGCAUUCGAAUAGCGAAGAAUUUAUAGGCAUCGACAAUCAAUCGCCGGUCUUCGAUAGUCGGCAACCUCACAGCAUUAGCGGUUCAGCUUUCGGCUAUAACGGUUUACAGGUGCAACAGAAUUUGGAGGAAUUUGGGUCACCUAACAGUUUGUUACGGAGUCAAAACUUUAAAAUUAGCCCCAAACCCUGUACAGUUGGCCGCAUUGAGGGCACUUGCAUGUUUGUGUGGGAAUGCAUAAAGUCAGAGGGCCGUCAUGUGGGCAUGUGCGUCGAUUCAUUUAUGUUUGGCAGCUGUUGUGCUCAUAAUUAUACCGACAACAUAGUACUGCAUAAUACAUUUUCAUAUACGCGACCCACUAAACCGGUUGGUAUGGCUAGUGUGAAUCAUCGACCACCACAACAUCCACACCGACCAAGCAUUAGUGGCAUGACCACCAUUGAAAGGCCUCAUGGCGCGGGUACUUUAGUCAUAAGGCCUUCAGGACCACACCAUCAGAGUUCGUUAAUGAAGCCUCAACAUUUAAAACCUUCUUAUGGCAGUACAACUACCUUGGCAACUAGUACUACGACAGGCAGUCCUGCUUCCCUAUGGAGUUUAAAUGGUUUACAUGAAGAUAUGGAAUCAUGGGCCAGUAUACCUUCGGUAUCAGCAGUUCAUCAACAGCACUGGCAUUUAUCCACAGAACCGAAUUUCAUAACCAAACCACGGCCGCCAAAUUGGGAGAAGCCAAUUACUCUUAGACCUAAACCUUCCAAACCCAGCAAGAAGCCACUCAAUACUACAUUAAUAUGGUUAACCAUGCAACAGCAGCAGCAGCAUGUAACUUCACCACAGCCACCACUAAUAUUUAGCAACUAUUCAACACGAAAACCUAUUAAGUUACCAAAACCGACGUCGUCAACAUCAGCAACAACAACGACAACAACAACAAUGAAGACAUCUACGUCUGCCACCUCCUUUUCGACGUCAACUCUUACAAUGCCAACUAAGGCAACGACUCUGAAACCUAAACCUACGGUAAUGGCGCAAAAUGUAAAACCAUCAAAGUUACCAUCACCUUAUAGUACUACACGGCCCUACAGCAAACCUACCUCAAGCGCAAGUAGCAGUAGCAGUAGCAGCAGUAGCAGCAGCAGCAUUAGCGUCAGCAUCACCAGUAAUAGUGGUGACAAAAAUAAUAGCAGUACAAGUUUUUUUACUGUGCCUUCCACAGACGCUAUGACAAGUACUGUUACUUCCACAACAAUAACAACAAUGAUAACAGCAGCCCCUAAUAUAAAACCCACAAAAAAUACCCAAAGGCCAAUAACAUUGCAAAGCUCAUCUUCUGUUACUGGAACCACCUCAACCUUCUCAGCACCUACGACUGAAGCGCAAAACUCCAGCUCCACAUCACAUACAUUACCAUCGUAUAGCCCCAGUACUAUAGAAACUAACGAGAUAACGGAUAACAUUGACAAUAAGGAACAUAUAAUAAAAACAAUUUCAGCGGCACGUGCAGAAUGUGGUAUACCGGUAUUGGCUCGGCCUGAAACACGUAUAGUCGGUGGUAAAAGUGCGGCUUUCGGUCGUUGGCCCUGGCAAGUUUCAGUGCGUCGAACGUCAUUCUUCGGCUUUUCGAGUACUCAUCGUUGCGGCGGUGCAUUGAUCAAUGAAAACUGGAUAGCUACUGCGGGUCAUUGCGUGGAUGAUUUGUUGAUCUCUCAGAUCCGUAUACGUGUAGGUGAAUACGAUUUUUCACACGUCCAGGAACAAUUGCCCUAUAUAGAGCGCAGCGUGGCCAAGAAAGUGGUACAUCCGCAAUAUAAUUUCUUUACGUACGAAUAUGAUUUGGCAUUGGUAAAAUUAGAACAAUCAUUAGAGUUUGCUCCUCAUGUUAGUCCAAUAUGUUUGCCGCAAACUGAUAGUCUGCUAAUAGGUAUGAACGCCACUGUAACUGGUUGGGGUAGAUUAAGUGAAGGCGGUACUUUGCCGUCUGUGUUGCAAGAGGUCUCAGUCCCCAUAGUUAGUAACGAUAAUUGCAAAUCAAUGUUCUUAAGAGCGGGACGACAAGAAUUUAUACCAGAAAUAUUUCUAUGCGCUGGUUACGAAACAGGAGGUCAAGACUCCUGUCAAGGUGACUCUGGUGGACCAUUACAGGUCAAGUCGCAAAAUGGCCAUUAUUUUUUGGCAGGCAUAAUUUCUUGGGGCAUUGGUUGUGCCGAAGCUAAUUUGCCCGGAGUAUGUACACGUAUCUCAAAAUUUGUGCCUUGGAUUAUGGAAAAUGUUACGUGAUUAGCUGCUUGGUCGUCUAUAAACGAUGUAACUGUAUAUAGUUUACUUUGUGUAUGAAAAUUAAUUAAAUUGUUGAAUAUUUGUUUUAUUUAUUAAAUUCUUAUUUUUUAUC